CACCCAGGAGGGCAGAAAGUACAAACUUAAGCUUCACAGAAAAGCUACAGAGAUAGCAAAAUCGGCCGGAGGUACCCACCGUGAAGGACGUCCAACUGGGAAGCCAAAGGAGCAGCAUCGACAGGGCUGAAAGGGAUUGUCUGACCCUCUUGAACAGCACACUUACAACUAAAGACGUGGCUCCACCAAUAGAGCUUCAGCUACAGAUACGCAUACAGCAGCAUAUACUAUUAUUAAAUAAGCAUAGGUGUUUGCUUCCUCCCUUACACUAUGAAAAAACAAACGCCCAGACAGGAGGUUCGAUAUCAAGCGAACAUUGGCGUAAAUAUGGGGCCUUUCAUUGACGCCGACACCAUUUCGCAGCUUGAACCGGCCUUGAACAGACACUAUAUCGGAACUCCGAGAGCAAACAAACAGCCACCAGUGGGCACAGAUCGAUAUCGAAUGCGCAACCCGCCGCCCUUGCCAGAAAUCUCAAGCUCGUCAGACAUAUACGCCAAGAAAAUAGAGCUGUUCAAAAGAAAGUUGAAAAACCUCAAGGGAUUGUCAACGGCGACGCCUAAGAAGAAGAAGCAGGUGUCUCCGACGUCAUCGGUCCCGCUUGCUUCCCUUUAUGAUUACGCCACAGAAAAGCCAACAGUAAGCCAUCACAUCGAUAGUUUUGACGCCUCUUCACCCAAAGUGCUAACAUAUAAUGAGUUGAACAGUGAUACCCAAUACCCAUCGCUCACGAGGCCUGAAAUACCCAUCAGGAAAAGAUCUGUUGGAAAGCAGAACGCCUGUUCUAUUUGCAACAUUGAUCUUGACACAUUUUACAAUCUCCAAGACGGAGAGCGCAUAGUAGAGCUGCAGUGCAGCCACAUGGCUCAUGAAGAAUGUUUAAUAAUGGAGCUGGAACUCAACUUAUCGAUAGAAAAUACGCCUCUACCUGAUAGAGCAAUGAUACCAGAAUUUCUCCCAGAAUGCGCCUUAUGCCCAUUUUCCACGCGAGCAACGCCCAAAGACGGAAAACUGUUGACAAACAUAUACAACAGAAUAUUGGCCUCACAUAUAGAGAAAUCACACGGUUCGCUGAAUGAGUCCACUUUGUCGAUGAGCUCACCUGUAACGCCAACAUCUUCGGAUUCCCCAAAAUUCGUGGACACUGAAAGCUCGUCAAACUCAGAUUUCACGGCACAUCAGUUGAGCACAUUGACGCUUUUAAAGAACCCGAGCUCCUCUUUGCCAAAAAGUUUAGGCAAGACCGACAAAACUGCGUCUUCCAAAACUCACAACAAGAAGGCGUCCAGAGGCUCAUGUGCUUCCGGUACUUCAGCUAUAAUUACUUCUGUUGGAGAGUCUAGAGGUGAAGACAAAGACACAUCUUGGUGUGCUGGAUUUGCAGAUGAACUGGUGGAACGAAAGUUCACGCAGGAUUUGAUAAAUCUCUCUUUACAAGGCGUUAUCAAAGCUACUAUUGAUCCAGAAUUGAUAUUAAGCAACGUUGAAAUUAAGUCAUUGGGUUCCUUAAGGAUGGUAGAUAAAAUCGACCUUCUAAACUCCGAAGGUGGUAUAGUUUCUGAAGCAAUUGAAAGCUACUGCUUUUUAUUCCAGCACAUGUUGCUUGCCUUAAAAUCAACUGACUUUCAGUAUGAUUUGAUCAGUGUCAAUCUUUCGACCUAUAUAGAUUCAUCCGAACCGGGGUUUUUGAUUAUGAAGAACAGCAAAACUUCCAAGGACUAUCACAAAUUCAUUUUCCAUUCCAAGACAUUAGAGAAUAGGUGGAAGGCGGCCCUCAGCAACUUGAGAAUGAACUUAAAUUACAGUUUAUUUACUUCCACUUUAGAAGUUGACGAGUUUGACCACUUAAUUGACAACACCAAGUCAAAUAAUCCGAGCGAUGCCGAGACUCUUGGAACCUUGAAAAGUUAUGUUGGUGAAGAUGGAUAUAGAAGGUUACCGACUGGCGUUUGUCCAAGAUUUUAUGAAGAUACAAUCAACUCACUAGUCUUCUCAGCCAAGCCGUCAAAUGCAAUCAUCAUUUUAAACCAAACUAAACAUAUACCCAGCUCAACUGUCCCUCUCAAAAACAUCAUAAGAAGCCUUUCAAUGAUUGGAAUACACAUUCUACUUGUCUUGUGCUCAACAUCUGAUAUGUCCAUGGACAGCUGUAUUCUAGAUAGUUAUGAGUUGGACAAAAAAGAUCUGAAUAGGCACGGUGAUAUGAUUUUGUCCAAAUUGGACGACUUUCAGGAUUCACUUCAACAUAAUAGUAAUGGCUUGAACGAACUACAAAGAACCACACGUGUCGGAAAUGUAUUAGAGCAGUAUAUUCAAAAAUACCAAAGCUCAGUUUCUCUCGGCAGCAUACUCAAUGUGAUUGUUUCAAGUACGUCUUUGCAAAGCGUCAGAAACAUCCCGACAACCAGCAAUAUAAUGAUUGAGAUUGGCCUUGAAGCCGAAAAAAGAAGCAACCGUCCUGAUGUGGCAGAUCUGGCCGAUUGGACAGAUAUCAUGGAGGUUAUCUGUGUUUGCUGUGGUUUAGAAUUUGAUGAAAGUGAUUUCUAUCCUUCUUCUUGUGACGAGAACGACUUAGACGACGCCCAUAGUGAGUACGCCAAAUCAACGAAAAGCAGUAGAAGCAGUAACAAUGUCGAUAACCUUUGCAAUACCCUGCAUCGUGCUCUGGGUAUGUGAACCAGGAAAUUACCUGUUUAUUCCUUGUAUAUGUGGAUGUAUAUAUAUUCAACUGUGAAUAUAAAAGCCCUAAUACCGUAAGCCUG